AUGUCGGAGAACUACGGCGACUAUCAAACUGACAUCUAUGGCCGAGGAGCAUUGACAGGCGUCCUGCCUAAUGUCACUACCGACCCUCGCUUACUUGAAAAACAGGCAAAGAAGGCCUUGGGCGCUCGUAGCUUCAACUAUGUGGCUGGCGGUGCUGGAGAGAAGGCUACAAUGGAUAGCAAUCGACUGGCUUUUCGACAAUGGAAGCUAAUGAAUGAUCAGAACCUCGCGGUAAACCUUUUCGGCCAGCACUAUCCAACCCCUCUUCUCAUGGCGCCGGUCGGCGUCCAGUCUAUAUUUCAUGAUGAUAAGGAGUCUGGCCUUGCAGAAGCUUGCGGGAAUGUCGGGAUCCCGUAUAUCCUGAGCACCGCGAGUAGCAGCUCGAUUGAGGAGGUUGCACAGGCAAAUGGAGACGGUAAAAGAUGUUCCCUAGACACUUGGUCGCUCGCUUGGCGACCAGCGGACCUGGACAAUGCCUACGUUCCGUUCAUACGGGGCGUCGGCAACACACUCGGUUUCACGGAUCCCGUGUUCCGUUCGAAAUUUGAGAAGGAAUCCGGUUCGACAGUAGAAGAGGACAUCGUGGGGGCAUCCAAGGCAUGGAUUUCCCAGGUAUUCUAUGGUCAGCCACAUGCGUGGGAGCAAAUUGCAUUUUUGCGAAAGAAUUGGGAUGGUCCACUUGUGCUCAAGGGCAUUCAGCAUGUAGAUGAUGCGAAGCUUGCCCUUGAGGCCGGAUGUGACGGUAUUGUCGUUUCAAACCAUGGAGGUCGACAGGUUGAUGGUGCGAUCGGCUCCCUCGAAGUUCUCCCUGAGAUAGUUGAUGCUGUUGGUGGCAAGAUGACAGUCCUGUUUGAUUCAGGGGUUCGCACUGGAGCAGAUAUCAUCAAAGCGCUUUGUCUGGGAGCGGAUGCUGUCUUGGUUGGUAGGCCCGUGAUCUAUGGGUUGGCAAUCGAUGGAAAAAAUGGGGCUGAAGCCGUGAUGAAGGGACUUUUGGCGGAUCUCUGGCAGACUAUGAGUCUGUCAGGGAUACGUACCGUGGCCGAGUGCACCCGCGACAAGAUCAGAAAAGUUGUGUACCCUGGAGAUGGGAAGGCAAUGUUGUGA